AUGCUGUUCGUCGUGCGCCGCCUCCAGGAGCUGGGGCGGAGAAAGAAAUUACCGCUCUACAUAUGUGCUUCGUCGACUUGGAACAAGGCGUAUGAUUCGGUGGACCGAGAGAUGCUAUGGAAGGUGCUGGCCAGGGCCGGGAUUCCCGCGAAGCUGAUCGAAGUCAUCCGCCAAUUCCACGAUGGAAUGCGGGCCCGGGUGAGCAUGGACAACGGAGAACUAUCGGACUGGUUCUUCGUGACACAGGGCGUGCGACAAGGAUGUGUGCUAUCCCCACUACUAUUCAACAUCUUCUUCGCCGAGGUCCUCGAGGUCGUUGGCAUCCGAUUCAGCGAGGAUGAUGUUGUUCUGCGGAGCCUGGUGUGCUUGGAGGAGGGGAAGACGGAAGCGGGGGGGGGGGGGGAGACACCCCUUGACCGAGUACGGAGGGCAGUAUGGGGGAUGCUGUAUGCCGAUGAUGCCGGCGUCGUAUCGAGGUCUGCAGAAGGACUGGCGAGAAUGAUGACCAUCAUCGUUGAGGUGUUCGGGGAGUUCGGGCUAACGGUGUCGGAGAAGAAGACGGAGACGCUCCUGAUGCGCGCAAAGGACAAGCCGACUACAACAUCACAGCCCGCCCCGCCUCCACCACUGACCAUCGAAGCCGCGGGACAGAAAUACGCCCAGACGACCGAGUUCCGGUACCUCGGUGGCCUCGUCAACGAACAUGGCGACCUCACCCGGGAGAUCAACUACAGGAGCAGAGGAGCGUGGGCGUGCCUCAGGCGAUAUGGCCGCGAGUUCUUCGACAGACCGCAAGCGCCACUCCGACUCAAGAUCCGCCUGCUCCAGGCGGAGGCGAUGGAGGCACUGCUGUACGGUCUGUUCGCGGGAGCAUUGGCAAGGCAGCCGGACGGGCGACUCCCGAAACGACUGAUGUUCGGCGAACUGGCAGGCGGGGAGAAGCGAAGCAGGGGGGGACAGGAGCAGAACUGGCCGAAAUGUGUGCUCGACGACCUGAAGGCAUUCGGGGCCGACCACGGAUCUACGCAAACCGAUCCAUGUUGCCUCGGAAUCCCGGUACCGAAAGACACGGCACCGAAGUUCAAGUUNGGCGAACUGGCAGGAGGGGAGAAGCGACGUAGGGAGGGACAGGAACAGAACUGGCCGAAGUGUGUGCUCGACGACCUAAAGGCAUUCGGGGCCGACCGCGGAUCUACGAAAACCGAUCCAUGUUGUUUCGGAAUCCCGGUACCGAAAGACACAGCACCGACGUUAAAGUGGACGGAAGCCGAGAAGGUAGAGGGGGGAGUACCCUGGCAUGCGGCGGUGCUGCAGGGAGCUGAGAGGUUCAUGACCUCCUGGCACGAGAAAGAAGAAGAGGCCAGCCGAAAACGGGCGCUCAAACGAAACCACAAACCACCAACCAAUGGGGCGGGAGAGGGGCAGGACACGGACGAGACGGCGAGGGAAGAAAGCAAACGAGAAGAGACGGACCGAGUGGCGCGAUACGUGCCGAAUUGA